AUGGAACAUCAGCUUGCACCUAUUCUUUCUGAAAUACCUCCGACAGUGCCACUUAUCAAUGGAGAUCCCAUAUACCCUAUGGAGAGUUGCUUUCUGGACCCCAACGCCAUGGCAACAUAUUCUAAUUAUUCACAGACCACGACUCAGCCUAAAAUAUAUAACACCUGGCCUUCUUGUUCCCAAUACUGGGCUCAAAUUGUAUUCGUUCAAGUUAACCCUGGAGAGGUCCUUACCAUAAAAGCCGAUGAUGGGUCCAUUCAGCAUGUUCAAGGACCUGCAGAGGUACCUCUGAUAGCGCCAACGGGUAGUUUUCCACCAAUAUACCUUCCUCCUGGUUACGGAACUCAGGUGGUGGAAGAAAAUGGAAUUCACAAAAUGAUCAUUGUGCCUCCGACCCCAGACUAUCCCAUGCCCCUGCCUGCUCCUGUGCAACCACUGUCGCCCUUCAUAGCGCCAGCCCAGUUCACAUACCCACAGGCCUCCCAACUUGUGUAUCCCCCAGUUCAAGGGGAAUUUCCAGUAACUUACAUCCAAGAACCUGUCCCACAGCAGCUGCCACCACCUGCACCUCUACCUCCACCACCACUACUACCAGCACCAGCACCAGCACCGUUUCUAUACCAGGAGCAUCAUGAAACCUAUCCUCAUGGGAGAGUAAAUCAACUUGAUGAAAGGAUUGUUAAAAUGGGAGAAUAUUCAAAGAAGAAACUGAAAGAUCGCCAAUUUGGUGAACAUAAGACUAGCUCCAUGUUUAAUGACACUCCUUUGCUUCUGAACAAAGCCAUUGAGAUGCCCAGUACUUCUAGUACUCUUUGUGCUUACACUGUGGAUACUGCUCCAGGCACUCACACUGACAACACUUCAAACACUUGCUCUCUGAAUACUUGCACUAUUGACGAUACUCCAAAAAUCAUUGCUGACAGUCUUCCAGACAUUAACACUACUGACAAAAUCACUAGUUCCUCUGAUCAUGCCCCUAGCACUUCUACCUCAAACACUACUCUUUGCGCUGACACCGUUACUAGUGCUCCAGAGCCUUCCAGAAUUAGUCAUGAUUCAGUCACCUCUGAUGAAACUCAAAAAUCAUCAAAUCCUGAUAGUACUCCAAGCUGUAGUUCCGAGAGUGCUCCCAUCUCUGAAAAUGCUCAUAUCUCCUCUUCAAUUAAUAAUGCUCUCAGACCUUCUGGUGCUGACAGCAUUUCCAACAACACCAGAGCUUAUACUGAAAAUGAUCAUGGAAAGAGAGAGAAUAAUAUGAGAGGUGGAGACAAUAAGCAGGUAUCAGGUGGAAAACAAAAGAAGACUCCAUCAUCAAAUGCAGCACAAAAAGAAAACAGUACAGAAUACAGAACACAGUCGUGCUGUUUCAACACUGGAAAACCUGUGGUUUCUAAUAUCCAAACUCGAUCUGCUACUAUUUCAUGGACUCUGAACAGUACUGAAAAAUGUGAUCAUAUUAAUUCUCCUGUGACAUUUGAAUUGGCACUGUCUAGCAAUGGUAAAAAUGGAAUCUAUAAAAACAUUUAUAAUGGUGGCGAAGUUACUGUGGCCCUACAAGAUCUACAGCCCUGCACGGUCUACUUUGUAAGAGUUACAACCAUAAGAGAUGCACAACACAAAAGCGUGUCUGAAGUGGUUAGCUUCACAACACCUGGCUGUGAACCAGACCCUCCACUUGCACCCACACUAAUUAGUAGAACCAAGAACAGCCUGAAUCUACAGUGGAAAGGUUCCAAUGAUAAUGGUUCCAAAAUAAGCAGCUUUCUUUUGGAAUGGGAUGAGGGUAAAGGUGAAGAGUUCAAAAGUUGCUACAGUGGCCCCAUGAAACAGCACAAGAUCUUUAAACUGGCUGCUUCUACAAAGUAUUCAUUCAGAUUGGCUGCCAAAAAUAACUUCGGCUUCAGUAAUUUCAGUGAGAUAGCAGUCUUCUAUACAUCAGGAAACACACCUCCAGCACCGCUGCCACCUAAGUUAAAAGAAGCAGGAGUGCACAGUUUGUCGCUAGAAUGGUGUGCCCCGACAAACCCAAACCCAAAUGACACUCUUACUUAUGUGCUAGAGAUGGAGGAACCAAGAUCUGGAUUGGGUUUCAAACCUAAAUACAAUGGAGAAGACCUCUCCUGCACCAUAAGAAAUCUUCAGAGAAAUACUGCAUACAAGUUUCGGAUUUUUGCCUACAAUCUGGAAGGAAGAAGCAGCCCCAGUGGAGAAGUAAAAUAUUCCACUUGUCCAGCCAAGCCUGGACACCCUAAAAAACCGUAUGUGGUGGGAGCAAUCCAUACACGCCAAGUGAAAAUUGGAUGGGACUCCCCCAAAGACAAUGGUGGAAUGCACAUUUCAAGUUACAGUUUAGAAGCCAGUGAAAAUUCAGAUGGUGCAAAUCUCUGGAAGCUAAUCUACAAUGGCCCUCUACAGGAAUUCCUAUAUGAUAACCUCAAACCAGGCACCACAUAUAAACUGAGGGUCUUUUGCACUUCAGCUGUAGGCCAAAGCCAGCCUUCAGAUGUAUUGACAAUUCAGACACCUACUCCACCUCCUGAGUCUUGUCGUUCACUGCCCUCCAAUGGUAAAAACAAGUGCAAGGACCCCAGCCUUCCCCCUGCAAACAAUCGUUCUGGUAAUGGGAACUUGGAAACAGUUGUGCGUGGCAAAAAAUCAAGAGGUGCCCGGAAUGACAGAAAGGAGUACCCUGGCUCUGAAAAGAAAUGUGCACCUGGAUCUCAUUCAGUGAAGUGUGGAACUGUACCAGCCCGGCACCCUCCUUCUCAGUGUGGUACACCUGUGCUAACCUGCAAGGGUCCAACCUGUGUUAUUGUCAGUUGGGAAACUCCUAAAUGCAAUGGUGCUGAAAUCACUGAUUACCGACUGCAGUGGGGACAAACUGAAGAGUCCAUGCAUUUGAUUUACACUGGCCCUUGUUUGCGCUAUGAAGUUAAAGGUCUUACUCCAGCAACCACGUACUUUUGCAGAGUCCAGGCUGUAAAUAUAGUUGGGGUUGGAAUGUUUGGAGGAACUGGAAAAGUAGCUACACCAGGAACUGUACCCGCCAUAGUUCCAAUGUUACAAGAAGUUGAAGACAAACUGCCUGCCAAAUUGUCGUCAACUUGCAUAGCUAUCCAAUGGGAAGAGCCAGACUGCCAUGGCUCUCCAGUCACUGGAUAUAACAUCGAAUAUGGAGAUAAAAAAAUCCUGACUGUUGACAGAGUAACCGAGUAUGUUCUGAAAAAUCUACAGCCUAACACUACGUACAGAAUCAGAAUUCAAGCUAUUAACCAUUACGGACUAAGCCCUUUUAGCCCACCAAUAAGAAGCAAAACCAAACCACUACCACCAGCGCCUCCACAGCUUGCUUGUGUGAUCUAUGGACACCAGAGUCUCAGACUCAAAUGGGGCAAUGCUUCAAGCAAAAAAUCACUUGCCAACUUCAUAAGCUACAAAUUAUUAAUGGAAGAUCGAUCUGGCAGAUUUGCUGUCAUUUACAAUGGGCCUGAUCUGACUCACAAAGUGCAGAAAUUGAGUGAAUAUACACAAUACAAGUUUAAAAUCCAGGCAUGUAAUGAAGCUGGUGAGGGACCAGAGUCUGAUGUCUACACUUUCACUACCACGAAAACCCCACCUGCUGCACUUAAAGCACCUAGAUUUCACCCCCUGAAUAACAACAGUUGUGAAAUCAAAUGGGAUUCCUUGGAGCCAGUUAAAGGUGAUCCCAUUGUUUACUGUCUUCAAGUCAUGAAUGGAAAGAAAGCUGAGCAGAUUUACAAAGGACCGAACACUACCUUUUCCUUUUCCAACUAUCUUGCAAAUUCAAGAUAUCGCUUCAAGGUCUGCGCUGGACGCCAGUAUGAAAAUUCUGAUGGCGUGCAAGAGCUCUGGGGACCGUACAGCCCCAGCGCGGUUCUCUCAACUUACAAGCAUCAGUCCGGGCAUGGCAGAGGUGGUGGGGGUAAAGGCAGAGGCAGCCACGGUGACAAAGAUGAAAAGUACAAGAUGGAGAUGAGCGACGAUACCUUUGUUCUAACCCUUCUCAUCGGGUUUGCGCUUAUCGCCAUCUUGUGUGCUGUCGCAAUUCAGUACUUCCUGAUCAACUAG